AAAAAGUGAAAAGAAUCUCCAUUUCUACACCAGUUUCAUCACGUAGGAUGUACUAUUUGUGCUGAAAUGUGAAAAAUGGAGAAAGAAAAUGAUGAAAAUGACACGGUCAAUAAGCCUACAAAGCAAGAGGAUGUGGAACCGACGGCAACCAUGACAAACCACAGAAAUGAGUCACCAGAUGUGGAUUCUAAAGACAACAGGAGAGGAAUUCCAAUUGACAAAGGAUGGGGCUGGGUCUGCGUGUUUGCUUGUUUUAUGAUGCACGUUAUAAUCGUCGGAAUUGGAAAAUCUUUUGGAAUUCUGUUUAUCCCGUUUGCUGAAAAGUUCGGGAGUUCGUCGAGGGAGACUGCCUGGAUCACCGCUUUGAUGGCUUUCGUGGCACUCUCAGGAGGACCAUGCGCUAACAGUCUUAGCGUUCGUUACUCCAGCAGAAAGGUUGUUUUUAUCGGUGGUCUCUUAGCUGCGUUGGGGUGCGUCCUUAGUGCAUUUGCAACUCGCAUCUGGCAUCUAUAUAUAACAUAUGGAGUUAUUUCAGGAAUAGGUUCUAGUCUAGCUUAUGCUCCUAGCAUCGUGCUUGUUGGGCAGUAUUUUGACAAGAGGCGAGCUUUAGCCAAUGGUCUUGCCAUAUCUGGGGCAGGAGUCGGGACAUUUGUUAUGCCAUUGUUGAUGAGGUUUUUUCUAGAUGUUUAUAGUGUUGAGGGCACCAUGAUUGUUCUUGGAGGUGUGGUCCUUAAUGUGUGUAUUUGUGGUAUGCUACUACGUCCUACUGAAUUCUAUACUAAACAGCAUGACAAGAAAAACAGCUUUAAUUUCCAUAACAAGAAAAACAGCUUAGAAACACAUAACAAUAGAAGUACUGUUGCCAAGGUUACAGUGACAUCAACAGUGGAGGAAAGAUCUCGGCUUUUAAGUGAGCAAGAGUCUAAAAAUGAUGUCAGUAUGACUAGAGAGACAAAUGGGGACACUUGUGAUGUCAGUAUGGACACUUGUGAUGUCAGUAUGGACACUUGUGAUGUCA